AAUCAAGAUGUAAACACUGUGUAGUCACAGGACUAUUGGAAACGACCUGCAAAAAUAGUACCUCAAGCUGACCUAUUUCAAUUCCUCUCGGAUGCAGUUACAUUCCAGAUGGAUUGACUUCUGACCGUGACGAAAACGAUAGCGCAAAAGGUAUUUUACUAUGCUCACAAAUCUGGUGAUGACAAGAAUCAGGCACCUCUUAGUAGCCCUUGCGGCACUCCUCCGGAAAAUCCUGUGCUGUUUUUCACGUCGGCGGAGAGUUUCCAGCAAUGAUUGUGAUGUGCUCAACUCGGUUAACGUCGUUCGGAAUGUGCACGGUGGAUCUGGGAAGUAUAAGAAUGUCGUGGAGAAAGACUGGAACUCGUGGGACGACACACCGGCCACGGUGGAGGAACACAUAGAGCGUUAUCGGGAACAGCUGGUCGCCCCACCUCCCGGGAAAGAACCACCACCCGAGGAACAGAUGGAUUUUUUCCAGGACAUGGCACCAAAAAUAAUUACCCAACAGAAGAUUUGCAUCGCCGAAGAGCGGCCCGACGAUCCGGCACGGUUCAGUCGGCUAACGGCUACAAUCGACAUCCCGGUGGUGGAUGGUCUGGCUGAUUGGAACGAGGUUGAGUCACGAGCUGGAUGGGACGAUGCCGACGAGAAUACCACCAAACAGUUGAUCAGGGAGACGCGAAAAGAACUCCGCCAGCAGCGGCAGCAACAGAGUCGGAGUAACCACAAAUGAUUUUCUUUUUUUUCUGUCUUCUGCUGGAUUUUUUUUAUCCUUUUUGUUGAUUUUUCUCUCAUUUUGAGGGAUGUUUUGAUUGUACUUUUUGUUUUCGUAUUAUUUUAGCGAUGUAAUAAAUAGGUACGGAAAAAUAUAAGCAAUGUAUCUCAUUCGUAAAAAGACACUUUAUUGAUUCCCGUACAAUACGCUUUUGGUAAAAAUUGAUCAAAAUAGGAUAUGUCUUAAAUGCUAGUUUAGUAUCGUCGUAGUAUAUUGAGA